UUGUUCUAUCAAUUAUGUCACCCGACUUUCAUCCUUAUCUGAGGUUGGUACAUGAUAUCGGUAGGAUAGUUUUUCCGCUCCAUCGUGCAUCAACCAAUCGGGCCGCUCCAAGCUAGCUCCCGCCAGACCUUCGGUGGACACUCUCUUUGCAAAAUUUCACACGGCAAAAAAAAAGUUCAGCAUUCGACCUACGCGGAAACGAUUCCAAAGCCCGAACGAACGACCAAAACCCCAGCUACGGGCAUCAACCGAAACAGAAUCGAACGAGUGGUCGAAUCGCGAAAUCCUCAUCUCUCAGAUUUAUAUCAAUUGGCGACAGCGCAAACUCGAUAAUCAUGUCUUUCCGUGGAGGUUCGCGAGGACGCGGCGGUAGUGGAUUUGGAGGCCGUGGCGGUGGCCGCGGUGGCUUCCAACAGCGAGACAUGGGCCCUCCUGCUCAGAUCCUCGAAAUGGGCAAGUUCAUGCACGCUUGCGAGGGCGAGAUGGUCUGCGAGUCCAUCAACCCCAAGGUCCCUCACUUCAACGCCCAGAUCUUCCUCGAGAACAAGACUGCCGUCGGAAAGGUCGACGAGGUCCUCGGCCCCAUCAACCAGGUCUUCUUCACCAUCAAGCCCACAGAGGGUAUCCAGGCCACCUCUUUCAAGGAGGGCGACAAGUUCUACAUCGGUUCAGAGAAGCUUCUGCCCCUCGACAAGUUCCUCCCCAAGCCUAAGCCCCCGCCUGGAGCUCCCAAGCCCAAGCGCGCCGGUGGUGGUCGCGGUGGUGCCCGCGGUGGACGCGGCGGCUUUGGUGCCCGAGGCGGUGGCCGUGGCGGUUUCGGCGGCGGCCGUGGAGGUCCUCGAGGUGGUGCUCGUGGUGGUUUCGGUGGCCGCGGAGGUGGCCGUGGCGGCAGCGGUGGUUUCUCACGAGGUGGAAGCGGCUUCGGUGGUGGUCGCGGACGUGGUGGCUUCAGCCGCGGUGGCCGAUAAUCUCCUUACCACGAUGACGACUGCGGAUCACUUCUGUUACUAGGGAGGAUUAAGUCGACGCCUUGAACUGCUGCUGUAGCACUACGCGACCCACGAGAGCUGCUUGAAGGAAAUGGGGAUCGAAAACCAUGGAAUCUAGGAGGAGGGAAAGAAAGAAGAAAGAAGGGAUUGACAUGUAUUUCUCUGGCGUUGGACGGUAUCUGAUUUUCCAAAGUGCUUUGCUUGGUUUGGCUUUCCCACAUGGCUCUAUAUCCCAAAUCCUGCGAUUGCCAUGCUCGUAUGAUACGGCAUCGGAUUGGAGUUUGUAUGUACAGACACAAGAGGAUUCAACGAAGAAGACAAGAGAGAAACCGAAAAGAACGGGCAACCUUUUAAACUUAA